UCUGCGCCCGCAAGCAUCUCAAUUGGCUCGGUACGGCCUCUCUGCACCACCUCGGAGCUUGCGCAAGCCAUUGACCCCAGCAGGGCCUGCGAUGCCUACGCUGCACGCCCGCUAGCCCUCACACCACCAUGCCGCCACACCUCCAUCCACGGUCGCGCUCGACCAUGUCGCUCUUCACCACCACACUCGCGGUCUCCUUCCUCGUAGUCGCGACCCCACAUCUCCUGCCAUGCCCCGUGGACCCGCGCGCGCUCGCCGACUCCGCGGACCCGGAUGCUUUGUCUGGCCAGCCAAAGCGGCGGCGGCGAAGGAUUCUCAAGGAGGAGACGUGCAACGACAUCAUGGGCGAGGAACGGAGGAAAAUGAAGGACGUGGAGGAGUGGGCGAUUCCAAAGAGGGAGUGCCCGGUGCCCAAGCCUGGUGGGCUGAUCGGGCAGGUGCUGGGAUUGAAGAAGACGGAGGAAGAGGAGGAGCAGAUAUCUGUCACAACCCAGGUCCAACGCGCCCGGCGGAAACCCACAUCAGCGGAUGGAGAGGGGUCAUAACACUGGGAUCGGGCAGGGUUGUACCAUACUUGUACCUGUGGGAGGAGUCUAGUCAUGAAUGGCUGUGUAUAUAUAAGAAGAAUUCGUCCCCAAGGAGAAAAAUGCCAGAGAUUAAGAGAACCUAUGCGGCCCAGUUGCAAUCUCCAUGCUCAAGGUGGAUCAAGGGCAUCCCAAAGCUUGAAAGGAACAGUAAUUGGGCGGGUUACACGAGGGUUGUAUCGGCACUGGGAUGUUCGCGAGGGAAGUCGCAAAGCCACCAGGGCAGGAAGCAAUCACCUGGAC